AUGGUCCGCUCGCGCGACGAGAAGGAGGCGUACUUCGCCCGCCUCAAGGAGUACGUCGAGACGUACUCGUCCAUCUUCGUCGUCAACGUCGACAACGUCGGCUCGAACCAGAUGCACCAGAUCCGUCAGGCCGUCCGCGGCAACGGCACCAUCCUCAUGGGCAAGAACACGAUGGUCCGCCGCGCGAUCCGCCUCAUCCUCGCCGACCACCCCGACUUCGAGCGCUUCCUCCCGCUCGUCAAGGGCAACGUCGGCUUCGUCUUCACGUCGGCCGACCUCAAGGACAUCCGCGAGAUUAUCGUCUCGAACAAGGUUGCCGCCCCGGCCAAGGCCAACGCGUUCGCGCCCAACGACAUCUACGUCCCGGCGGGCAACACCGGCAUGGAGCCCGGCAAGACCUCGUUCUUCCAGGCGCUCAACAUCCCGACCAAGAUUGCCCGUGGUACCAUCGAGAUCACGUCGGACGUCCACCUCGUCCAGGCCGGCAACAAGGUCGACGCGUCGCAGGCGACCCUCCUCAACAUGCUCGGCAUCUCGCCGUUCACGUACGGCAUGAAGAUCAUCUCGAUCUUCUCGGACGGCCAGCUCUUCCCCGAGUCGGUCCUCGACGUCAACGAGUCGGAGCUCGUCGAGCGCUUCCUGUCGGGCGUCAAGGCCAUCGCCGCCAUCUCGCUCGCGCUCAACUACCCGACCCUCGCGUCGGUCACCCACUCGCUCGUCAACUCGUACAAGAACCUCCUCGCCAUCGCGCUCGAGACCGACGUCACGUUCGAGGCCGCCGAGGCCCUCAAGGAGCGCCUCGCCAACCCGGAGGCGUUCGCCGCCGCCGCGCCGGCUGCUGCCGACGAGUCGAGCUCGGCUGCCCCGGCCGCCGACGAGAAGAAGGAGGACGAGGAGGAGUCGGACGACGACAUGGGAGCCCGCGACCCGCACCGCUCGGCACUCGCGACACUGCCGCCUCCUCGACCGCGACCCGCCUAA